AUGGCGGCCACCAUCCCCGCCGCCUUCUUCUGGCCGCCUCCCGGUAACUCCCUCAGCACCGAUGCCUCGACGCCCGUGGCGAUGCGUCACGGGCUGGAGCCGGGGACGCUGAAUGUCUACGAGAACACGGUGCUCCGCUUCCUCUACGGCUACGUCCCCAAGCCGCCGGUCUCCACCGCCGCCACCCUCUCCGGCGCCGCCGCUCCCGAGGAAGGUGAAGGAAUCGACCGCAUCAGCGUCCUUUCCGACGACCUCCUCCGCCGCAUCCUCGCCCGCCUCCCCGCCAAGGACGGCGCCCGUACCGCCGCCCUCUCCACGCGCUGGCGCGGCCUCUGGCGCUCGGCGCCGCUCGUCCUCGUCGACACCCACUUCCUCCCCCGCGGCGGCGCCGAGGGCCGGCCCCCGCGCCCCGGCGCCGUCUCGCGCGCCGUGCGCCGCGCCGUCUCCGCCACCCUCCGCGCGCACCCCGGGCCGUUCCCCUUCGUCAGUCUCUCCUGCGGGUUCAUGGAAGCCGUCGACAGGGAACGCGCCGUGCUCGCUCGCUGGUUCCAGCUCCUCGCCACCAAGCGCGUCGACGAGCUCGUCUUCGUCAACCGCCCCUCGCCCCUCGCCGGACUGCACCUCCCCGCCGCGCUCUUCAGCUGCGCCUCCCUCCGCCGCCUGUACCUCGGCGCAUGGAGGUUCGUCGACACCGCCACCCUCCCGCGCGGUGCCUUCCCCAGGCUGCAUGAGCUCGCCCUCGGCGCUGUCGCCCUGGAGGACCGCGACCUCGACUUCCUGCUCGCCGCGAGCCCCGUGCUCGAGAUCCUCGCCAUUGUUGGAAGCGUGCACAAACUGAACGCCCGUCUUGCCAGCCACAGCCUACGCUGCGCACAGUUCUGCCUUGCCAUCCUUGAAGAAGUGGCGGUAGUGGACACCCCGUCCCUUGAGCGGUUCUUCAUCUGGCGGUGCCUGAAUCAACGCCACGCCGGGAGGGUCAAGAUUGGCCACGCCCCACGGUUGAGCAUGCUGGGUUACUUGGAGCCAGGAGUGCACGUGUUGGAGAUUGGCAACACCGUCAUCAAGUCUGGAACGAUGCUGAGUCCAAAGACCACUGUUCCAAGCGUGCAGAUGUUGGCACUGCAUCUGCAUUUCAGAAUGCGCAAUGAGGUUAAAAUGCUUCCAAGCUUCCUCAGGUGUUUUCCCAAUGUCGAAACACUGUGUAUCCAGUCUGAAGAAACUCAUGAGCCCACUGGCGAGUUGAACCUCAAGUUUUGGCAGGAGACCGGUCCCAUCAAAUGUGUUCAAACGCAACUCAAGAGGCUAGUGUUCCGUGAGUUCCAUGGGGAGGAAGGUGAGUUUGCCUUCCUUAUGUUCAUCGCGGAAAAUGCCCGGGUGUUGGAGAAAAUGGUUCUUGUGAUGGAACUUCGAAGGCCCUCGGCACCAGAAGAACUUGUUGCCAGAAUGAAGGCACUGGAGACUGCAAGGUGGGCAAGCGGGAGCAACAAAGCGGGGUACUUGUUGUCCCGACCUGGUGUGGGAGGAGGCAGCGCUUGGUGUCUCAAAGCGGGUUCUGACUUUAAGCACAAUGAUCCUUUUUCUGCCUAGUUUAGAACGCAAAUGCAGUAAAUAAACAAUCAAGUUAGACAGUACUGGUAAAUUUGCCACUGUUAAGCAGAUUCUUCUCGAUGCAUAUCUGACUGGAUAUAUCGCAGCUAGUUGUGUAAUAACUUAAUUACUGUUGCUAUAUAA